GGGAACAAACCGGUUUUCUUUUUUUCAGGAGAGCCCGUUUACCUUCAGUCUGAGAGUCUACUGGGCGGAGGGACUGAGGAGUUUGUUCACGACGAGAACCAAUUGAUUUUUUUCGCUCAUGGCAGUGCAGAAAUAAAUAAAAAUAAUCUGGAUUGUGGAAAAAGGAACGAAUUUGAAAAUAAGAUACAGUUGAGGGCGCCGGUCAUGGAUAAGGAUAAGGAAAGGUGGUCCACGAGAUGGAAAACGAAAAACUGGUUUAGGAACUCCGCUUUAAGUGCAAUCUUCAGUCUGACUUUUGUCCUACAGGCAACACAUGUGAGAGCAGCUGAACCGGUGGAUGUGCUCAAGGUCUUAGAUUUUAAAAGUUCACCAGAAGGAGUGAAGAAAACACAAGGCUUCUGCACCAUCCGGAGAGGAUCCAAACCAGAUGUGGCCUACCGAGUGGACAAACAGGCUCAACUCAGUACUCCAACCAAGCAGCUCUUCCCAGGAGGAGUAUUCCCUCAGGAUUUCUCCAUCCUUAUGACGAUCAAACCAAAGGCGGGAGUACAGUCCUUCCUUUUGUCGGUAUACAACGAGCAGGGCAUCCAGCAGCUGGGUGUGGAGGUGGGCCGCGCGCCGGUCUUCCUGUAUGAGGAUCAGCAUGGGAAGCCCGCUCCUGAGGAUUACCCCCUUUUCCGUGCCAUUAACCUUGCAGAUGGAAAGUGGCACCGUGUGGCUAUUAGCAUAGAAAAGAAGACCGUCACAAUGAUUGUGGACUGUAAGAAGAAGAUCUCUAAACCACUCAGCAGAAGUGACCAUGCAAUCAUUAACACCGAUGGCAUCACUGUCUUCGGGACCAGAAUCCUGGACGAGGAAGUUUUUGAGGGAGACAUCCAGCAGCUUCUUUUGGUGGCAGAUGCUCGUGCAGCCUAUGACUACUGUGAACACUACAGCCCUGACUGUGAAACACCCCAUCAAGAGACACCACAGGCCCAGGAACCUGAGGAAGAGUACAAUACUGAAUACACAGAUUAUAAUGAGUUCUAUGACUACACAGAAGAAGGGACUGCCACUGAAAAUCCCACUGACAAUGUUGGUACUAAGACCAAGCCCAGCACUGCUGACACUGGAGACUACUAUAUUGAGCAGGACUAUGGCACUGAAGCCCCUUCUGUUAUCAUUCCAGCCAAUGAGAAUCCAUCUCCAAAAGAGGAAAUAGUAGACGACUACAUUACAGGGAUAGAAGAAGUUGGAGUGGAUCCCACCGUUGCCACCAAUGAGAAUGUGGAUAUUGUGGAGUCCAAAAGCACUAAUGGUGCAGAAAACCAGGACUUUAAGGAAUACGACAUUAACGAAUAUGAUACAAAAGAGAUAGACCCCAGCAUUUAUGAAGAUUCGUUCUAUGACUACAAUACUAAUGGAGCUAAACCCACCGGAUCAACCUACGAGAGCGAGUUUGGACCGGGCCGACCUGCUGAAACGCAGGUCACAGAGAGCAAUGUUGGUGGUGGCUAUGGUGGUGAAAAGGGGCAAAAAGGUGAACCUGCAGUCAUUGAGCCGGGGAUGCUGGUAGAGGGACCCCCAGGACCACCAGGUCCCCCUGGUCUCCCCGGCACUCCAGGUAUACAAGGCUCCUCAGGCCUCUACGGAGAUCCUGGUGAGAGGGGCCCUCCUGGUCGUCCUGGUUUGCCAGGCGCAGAUGGAGCUCCGGGGCCCUCUGGCACCAUCCUCAUGUUGCCGUUCCGCGCUGGUGGAGAAGCUCACAAAGGUCCAGUGGUGACGGCACAAGAAGCUCAGGCCCAAGCCAUCCUCGCCCAGGCUCGGUUGACUAUGAGGGGACCACCUGGCCCAAUGGGAUUGACAGGACGUUCCGGCCCUGUGGGUGGUCCUGGUGCACCUGGUGCUAAAGGGGAAAGUGGAGAUUCUGGCCCACAGGGACCGAGAGGACUUCAGGGCGCUACUGGACCACCUGGAAAAGGAGGCAAGAGGGGCCGAAAUGGAGCCGACGGAGCCAGAGGAAUUCCUGGAGAAUCAGGAGCCAAGGGGGACCGAGGAUUUGAUGGACUUCCUGGUCUUCCUGGUGAGAAAGGACACAGGGGUGAGGGAGGUCCUAUCGGCUCACCAGGCCCUCCAGGAGAGGAUGGACCGAGGGGCGAGGAUGGUGAGAUUGGACAGAGAGGAAUGCCAGGAGAAAGUGGUCCAAGAGGACUGCUGGGCCCCAGAGGUUCUGCUGGGACCCCUGGACAGCGUGGUCUUCCUGGAUUGGAUGGACCACCUGGCCCUAAAGGAAAUAUGGGUCCUCAAGGAGAGCCUGGACCUUCUGGGCAACAGGGGAACCCCGGUCCACAUGGUCUGCCUGGUCCUCAAGGCCCGAUCGGUCCACCUGGAGAGAAAGGUCCCAAUGGGAAACAGGGGCUCCAUGGACUGGCUGGGGCUGAUGGGCCUCCCGGUCAUCCUGGGAAGGAAGGUUCUCCCGGGGAGAAAGGAGCAGCUGGCCACUCAGGUCCCCAGGGGUCCAUUGGCUAUCCCGGUCCCCGAGGUGUGAAGGGUGCAGAGGGCGUUCGUGGCUUGAAGGGCGGCAAAGGAGAAAAGGGAGAAGAUGGUUUUCCUGGGUUCAAGGGUGACAUGGGCCUCAAGGGUGAUAAGGGAGAGGUUGGCGUGUUGGGCCCCAGAGGAGAAGACGGACCAGAGGGGCCGAAAGGUAAAGGAGGUCCCUCUGGAGAGGCUGGUCCCAUGGGCAUGGCAGGAGAGAAGGGAAAACUUGGUGUUCCAGGUUUGCCUGGCUACCCAGGAAGACAAGGUCCUAAAGGUCCAUCUGGUCUGAAGGGAAGCGAGGGUCCACAGGGUCCACCCGGUCCUAUUGGGUCACCAGGAGAGAGAGGAGCAGCUGGACCCGGAGGACCCAUUGGUCUAACAGGACGCAAUGGCCCUCAAGGACCCCCGGGACCUGCUGGAGAGAAGGGUGCUCCGGGUGAGAAAGGACCUGCUGGUCCUGCCGGCCGGGAUGGCAUCCAAGGUCCAGUUGGACUCCCAGGCCCAGCCGGACCUCAGGGUCAACCUGGAGAGGAUGGUGACAAGGGAGAAGUUGGAGAACCUGGUCAAAAGGGAAGCAAGGGUGACAAAGGCGAACAUGGUCCACCAGGUCCAGUAGGUCCUCAGGGUGUAAUUGGAGCUCCAGGUCCUGCUGGUUUGCCAGGACCACCAGGUGAGAAAGGAGAGAAUGGAGACGUCGGCCCAAUGGGUCCACCUGGUCCUCCUGGUCCCAGAGGUCCUCAAGGUCCUAGUGGAGCGGAUGGUGCUCCUGGCCCUACCGGAGGUAUCGGCGCAAUGGGUGGAAAUGGUGAAAAGGGUGAGACCGGUGAGGCAGGUAAUCCAGGACCACCAGGAGAACCUGGUUCAGUAGGACCCAAAGGUGAGCUUGGAGAGAAAGGGGAAGCUGGCCCUCCUGGAGCUGCAGGACCCGCUGGUGCAAGAGGACCCCCUGGAGAUGACGGUCCCAAAGGAAACCCAGGUCCUAUUGGCUUCCCUGGAGAUCCAGGUCCUCCUGGUGAGCCCGGAGCAGGUGGACUGGAUGGCCUUCCCGGAGACAAGGGAGAUGAUGGAGAGGCCGGUCAGCCUGGUCCCCCUGGUCCAUCUGGUGAAGCUGGUCCUCCAGGACCCCCUGGAAAGCGAGGUCCUGCUGGUCCAGCUGGUACAGAAGGCAGACAAGGAGAGAAGGGUGCAAAGGGUGAGGCCGGUGCUGAAGGACCAGUGGGCAAAACUGGGCCUGUGGGCCCCCAGGGGCCUCCUGGAAAGUCUGGAGCUGAAGGCUUACGUGGCAUCCCGGGGCCUGUGGGUGAGCAGGGACUUCCUGGAGCUGCUGGCCAAGACGGUCCUCCUGGACCAUUGGGUCCUCCAGGUCUUCCUGGCUUGAAAGGUGACCCUGGUACUAAGGGUGAGAAGGGUCAUCCAGGUCUGAUUGGUCUGAUCGGUCCUCCCGGUGAGCAAGGAGAGAAGGGUGACCGAGGACUGCAAGGACCUCAGGGACUUGGUGGAGGCAAGGGUGAUGCUGGUCUCAUUGGUGCUUCUGGUCCCCUCGGUCCCCCAGGUCCUCCUGGUAUUCCUGGAACACAAGGACAGAAAGGAUCCAAAGGAUCAACUGGUUCAGCUGGCCAGAAGGGAGACCCUGGCCUGAUAGGACCACCAGGUCCUCCUGGCCCAGCUGGUGACAUCAUUCAGCCCCUCCCCAUCCAGACAAGUAAAAAAUCGCGGAGGUCACCUGACAUGCAGGAUGACGAAGCAGCGGAAAUGAUGGAUUAUGGUAUGGAGGGAAUGGAGGAUGUGUUUGGAUCCCUCAACACCCUCAAGCAGGACAUUGAACGCAUGAAGUUCCCACUGGGGACCCAGGAUAACCCAGCCAGAACCUGCAAAGACCUGCAGCUCAGCCAGCCAGACUUCCCUGAUGGACAUUACUGGAUCGAUCCAAAUAUGGGAUGCAUGGGAGAUGCCUUCAAAGUGUACUGUAACUUCACUGCAGGAGGAGAAACUUGCAUUUACCCCGAUAAAAAGUCCUCAGGGGUUAGAAUAUCAAACUGGCCAAAGGAGUCCCCAGGAUCUUGGUUCAGUGAAUUUAAGCGUGGAAAAAUUUUGUCUUAUGUGGAUGUUGAGGAGAGCUCAAUAACCUCAGUCCAGAUGACGUUCCUCAAGUUGCUCAGCUCUUCUGCCCGGCAGAACUUCACAUACAUUUGCCAUCAGUCUGUGGCAUGGUAUGACGCCAAGGCUGACAACUAUGACAAGGCGCUGCGCUUCCUGGGCUCUAAUGAUGAGGAAAUGUCAUAUGACAACAACCCCUUCAUCAAGGUUCUUUCAGAUGGCUGCUCGCUGAAGCAGGGAUAUUCUAAGUCUGUGAUGGAAAUUAAUACUCCUCGCAUCGACCAGGUGCCUAUCAUCGAUGUCAUGUUGAAUGACUUUGGGGAAUCCAGUCAAAGGUUUGGCUUUGAGGUAGGCCCUGUCUGCUUCCUCGGCUAAAGGACACCCCCUCUUACCUUUAUGGCAAAGGUCAAGGAGUGUGGCCAGCCAAAGAGACCCCCUCCUUGCGCCACAAACACACACACCAGCACCCGCACUGUGUAAUCGGAAAUGGAAUAUUCAUCGAACGACUGAAGCCUGCAAUUGGAAUAAACCAGAAAGAGGACACAAACUACCUGGUGGACAAUGGCGCACUUUCAGGAGAAGGAGGAGGACCCAUUCCUUUACCAAUUUUCCAAACUUGUUUUUUUUUUUUUUCUCCACUUGAACUCUUAAGCCUUGUUUUUUGUCCCAUUCCAACUUUAAUCCGAGCACCAUUUACUCCUGAUCCCAGUCCUUCCCCAAGCUCCAAUCCAAUUAAUUCCCAAUCCCGUUCCUUCCCGUUUUCCCUGUAUCCAUUACAGAUCCUCCUCCAGGUGCUGCUCUGAGCAAGACAACCACAGUGGUGUGCUCUUGUUGUAAACACCCAAACACUUAAGGUGCUAUUGAAAGUGCAUUUUUUUGGUAAAACUGUAAUUAUUAUUUUGUACAAUACUGUUCUUUAAUGAUUGCCUUUAAAUCUUGCAUGUGCGUCAAAAUUGAUUUGAUGAAAUAUUGAUAACUAUCAAGAGUAUUUUCUCUAGAAUUUUGUUGUUGUUGUUGUUUUCAUGUUUGAAAACCAACAGUGCAACAGAUUUCUUCACAAGAUGUCAAUCAAUCAAGUGUCCCUGCCAACUAUAAAAUAAAACAAGCAUUUCAAACCA